UGGCGCGUGCCUGCUUGGCUCUAAAGGGGAGGACAGCGCUCGGGUGCUGAUUUUCAGGAGGUUUAAGGGGCGCUGCCGGAGGUUCCCUAAACUGCUGGCAUUAACGUUUUUUCCGACAUCGGCGAAGCAAUUGGUAUUAUGAGACAGGAGGCGGCCGUGCAGAUGACUGCCACACAAGAUGGUAAAUUUGGCCAGAAAGAAAGUUCUGACCAGAAUUUUGAUUAUAUGUUCAAACUGCUGAUCAUUGGAAAUAGCAGCGUCGGGAAGACAUCGUUCCUCUUCCGCUAUGCAGAUGAUUCUUUCACUUCGGCCUUUGUCAGCACCGUUGGCAUUGACUUCAAAGUCAAAACUGUGUACAAGAAUGAGAAAAGGAUCAAACUGCAAAUCUGGGACACAGCAGGCCAGGAAAGAUACAGGACUAUCACCACGGCAUAUUAUCGGGGUGCAAUGGGCUUCAUCUUGAUGUAUGACAUCACCAACGAGGAGUCCUUCGCAGCAGUGCAAGACUGGUCAACUCAGAUCAAGACAUACUCUUGGGACAAUGCACAGGUCAUCCUUGCUGGGAACAAAUGUGACAUGGAAGAGGAGAGGGUGGUUCCGGUGGAGAGUGGGCGGAUGCUGGCAGAACAGCUCGGCUUUGAGUUCUUUGAGACCAGUGCCAAGGACAACAUAAACGUCAAACAGACGUUUGAGCGGCUCGUGGACCUCAUCUGUGACAGGAUGUCAGAGAGUUUAGAGACGGACCCGGCGGUCACCACGGGAACCCCAAACGCCAGACUGACUGACAACCCCCCGCCCCUCCCACAGACCAACUGCGGCUGUUAGUGGCCAGCCGCUCUCAGCCAGGAGCAACAGCCUGAGGGUAGAAUUUGCUAUGUUGCCACGACGCCCAGUUCCUUAGGUAUAAUUUACCUUGCAUCCAUAUCUCACUUUGAUCGAUGCAUAUGCUGAUGUAAUGUGCCAAACGUACCCCUUUGCUUUGAAGUUUCCCUUUGACUUGAACAUAAUUUAGUGUAUCUCAAGAAAUGCACUCUCCUAUAGAAAACGAUAUACCAAACUUAAGCUUAACGUAUGGCAAAAACAAUUCACAAGCCUGUGUUAUGAAGUAUUUAUUUUGGAUCUGUUUUGUUAAGCUCCUGCAAAUUUUUUGUUGGUUUUCUUUAAUGAAUGAAAUAAAAACUACCAAGCCCUGUUUCUCAGAUUUACAGGCUGUUGCUGUUUCAUAGACUGAUGGGUUCACAAAGGCAAAAAGAACUGUUUGGUGUCAUACAUUUUAUACAAUUCACUCUCCUUCGUUAAUUCGGUUGGACUGGUAAUAAUACCCUUAGGUUAUCAAUCUUACUGCUUGUGCUGUGUCUGGAAUUUGCUCUCUUAUGUUUUGUCUGUGUGUUAAAAGGUAAAUCAACCAAAUGCCAGACUUAAUCAAGAACCCCCUCCUAAACUUUUGUGAUAUCAAGUGGGAUUUCGCAUUGACAGUGUAUACGCAGUAAAUCUUUAUUUCCCUGAUGUAAAUGUUAAUACCCCCUGUGUGUUUCAGGUUGACAUUUUUCAACACCCGAACAUUGUAAUUUUAACAUUGUGACAAAGGAGUCCCCUUUACCUCAAUUCCUUGUGGAAACUUGGUGCUAUAAAGAUGUAAAGUGUUGUUUAGAUAAUGGCUAAACCCUCAGUGUGCGUUAAUGUAGCCAGGUCAGAAAUCAAGCAGCCAUUUCCUGGGCUACAGAUAGAUAUGGGAACGUUAGGUGUACGUUUCAACCAGGGCAAACAUGAAGGAUAGCUUCUGAAAUGAUUGCAUUUCAGGGGAUUCAGUUUGCAGAUACGUAUCUUUAUAGGGUUUCAUGUAAAACCCCCUGUUGUCUGGGAGGAACUCUGACCUAUUAGCUUCCUACUCUCUCUUUGGCUUUUCCAUGUUUCCAGUUUUCCUCUCACAUGGAACAGAUCCCUGCAGCGCAUGCAUGGGGACAUGAGUAGCAAUUUUUGUGGAGAGUAAGACACUUCAAGCAAAGUGUGAUACGGUAUCUCUGCGAUUAGCUCAGACUGUAAAAAGUAGAGCGGUAACCACAGUGUAUUGAGCAGAGUACAUACUUAGUGGGAUAUUAAUUUAUUAUGUGUGAUGGGUGAUUCUGGUGUUUUGAGUCUAGGAGCUUGCAUAACCUGUUGUCCAUUUGUAAAUAGAUAUAUACUUAACUCUAACUUGGUGAGCUACUCACCAUUACAAUGCGUGGCCUUUACUACAGUUUAUUAUUUAUUAUUAAUAGCUUAUUAUUCUUGCGCAUACAUAUAUCAUGCUACAAUGUAUUCAUUUACUCCAUCUGUCCAGACUAGCGCGGCCUUAGACCUGCUCCGCCCUAUGCUGAGUGUCUCUGUUUGCCUUUGCGUCAUCAUCCUUUAUGUCUUUAAUGAUUGGUCCCAGUGCAGGAUGUCUAAAGCCUUUAAUGAACUCUCCGCUGCCGAUGACCAGAGCAGGCUCACCUGCCGCUGCUCACGCCGAGGUCACCAGAGGUCGUAAAGACUCCUGUCAGCGGUAAGAAGAGCUAAAACACCUUUAGGGUCACAGUGAAGCCAAAACCUGGAUUCAAAGAGUAUUACCAUGAAAUGAAAUGCAGCUGUUUUGGAUGGAAAGUAGCAUAGAAGUAGCCAGAAAAAAAUGACUCUGACCCCCCAAAUGCAUAUUGAAGAUUUUUUUGAGCAACACUGAUCCAGGUUAAUGGAACUGGGUCAUGAAGAAGCAUCUGUGAUUUAUUUACCAUUUCACUGGCUAUUAGUCCAGGUGUUUGUAUGUCUAUGUAGAUUAGAUACUUCCAAUGCAAAGUUUUAAAAAAAUACUUUUUUAAUGUUCAUGAAGUUUACUUACUGGAAAGCCUGGGCUUGUGAGGCGUCUUUGUCAGUAGGAGUCUGCAAUGUCAGUUUGUGAUCCUUUUUUUCGAGUUUGGCUUAUGCUGAAAAGAGAGAGAAUAUGAUGUGUCAACAUUUCAUCCUGGUGAAGGAUCCUCUGUUUCAGAAGUGAGGUGCAUUUAAUACCAAAAUAUUCUUUUUAGUCAAGAUUUGUAAAGCAUUACUCUGAUGGAAAAUGCACUUGAUUGUUAGUUUCGUAUUCAUAUAUUGCUAUUACAGCUACUUAAUUCAUGCAAAUACCAGUAUACCAUUAUUAUAUUCCAUCAGUACUACUACAUUUUAAAUAUGAAGAUGCCAUUAAACGUAGCUUUAACUUCUUAACUUUUAUUUAAAAAAAAGCACUCGACGGAGUUUCGACUUCACAUGAAAUACUGUACGCGUAAUGUCAAUCUGUAUACUAAAUUAGGUAUGUAGUGCUUGUCAUGGCAUUUGUGACCAAUUCUAAAAAAGGAUUUACACACAGUAGACAUUGUCUCGUAGAUGUUGCGUGAAAUGGUGAGUAAUCUAGAAUUAUCUAUAUGUAUUUAUUGUUCAGUCAGUGUGCAUCCUCAGACGUAUUUUUGAGGUGCAAUGGGCCAACAAGUGCAAUAGUUCAAAACCUACUUCAUGUAUUAUAUAUAGCUGUCCAUAGCUUGUUUGUGUGCUGUCACUGGUGUGAUUGUGGUUUGCAUGCUUUGAGGACAAAAUCCAAAACCUUCUCUGUAGGAAAUGAGGUAAAACGGUACGGGGCUACAGUAUAUAGUUCAUUGAAUAUCUUUGCACCUGUUUGCCUGCUGCUUGAUGAUUCCCAGUAUUAAAGAUUCUGAUGAUUUAUAACAAGCAGAUUCUUUAGUGGUUACCGGGCUUGUAAAGUGGGUUAGGGUUAGGGGCAGUUCGGCAUCUACCUGUACACCAUCAUGGAAAGUAGUCAGAAGCUCUGACAGCUGAAAUCGCCAGGGAUCUCGGGCUAUGCUAGCGCGUCUCUGGGUAGGUACUGCUUUAUAUUUGCGACUCCUUUGUAUUCGGCAUAUCGGGAAACUUGCUAAUUGCUAAUUUGCCUGUUACAUUUUUGUCUCAGUUUUCUGUUUGCAGCCUUAAAUGAAAGUUGUGUCUCGUGACCAUGUUACUGAUCACAUGCGUGGGAUGCGGUUGCUUUGGAAACUUUUGAAGCAGAAGGGCAGCACGCACGAGUGGUAAGAUGUACUGUGAAUUAGAGGCCUUCAAGCUGUCCACCUCUCUGCCGUUAGAUGGGAUCGGCUGCACGGCCUCCUGUUUUGAUGACAUUUUUCCAUAUGUCUUGCUACAUAUCACUGUUUAUGAUUGUUUCUAUUAAUGGUGGAGGGUUGUGAACAAAGAAGGGAAACCCUUAUGGCUGUUUGUAGCCCGGCAGUAUCAGCACAGAGGUUCACAGAAGCCACUUCGUUUGAAGACCUCAUCAGAAGCACAUUGCUGUUUUGACUGUCACGAGGAACAGCAAGCUCAAUUAUCUUGUCUGUAACUCACUGUGACCCUUUCCUUUCCCCACUCCUGUGUUCUUUUUGCCUUUGGAGAACCACUGUGAUGCAGCACCAGUGCAAACUUAGAACUGUUACUUUUCCUAAAGGCUACUGAUUCCAUAGUGGCUAUUCUGCAAAUGAUGUUCCCUUGAAUUUGGAUAUAUUGACAUUAAAUAAGUUGUUGUUUUUUUUUCUCUAUUAUCUCCCAAAAAUGAGUAAAAACUCUUUUGUUCAAGCAACCAUCACCUCAGAUUUUCCUAGAAUCAAAUAAAUACAUAGAUACUUAAAUAAAUGUGCAUAGGUUAUUUGUCAGCUAGGUCUUGAUAAACUCUUCUGCUGUUUCCUUUUCAUGGAUUUUAUGAUUAGACAAAAAAGAACUCAUCACUAAACAGUACUGACUUGCAGGACUGACAAGCUUGGUCUGUAACAAUUAAUGUGAGAUACUGGAUUGACAUUAAAAUGCCUCUUGAUCGCUUCAUUCUAUUUUCUUAGUGACGCAUACUGUUGAAUUGGAUAUUUUCCCUGUACCUGUAUGUGAAUUAUUCUGUGUUACACAGGUGUUUUUGAGAUCACAGUAAAUAAAGCAGUUAUGCUACUCUACUGUA